AUGGCAAGCGGAGUGCCAGCGAGGGCGGCAGCCCUAAAAGAGAAGCAGGCAGCAACAGCAGCAGCCGCAGCAGCAGCAACAGCAGCCGCAGAAGCAGAAGCGGCAGCAACCGCAACAGCCGCAGCAGCAGGUCCCGCAGCAGCAGCAGGGCCAGCGAAGGCAGCAGACGCAGCAGCAGCAGAGGCAGCAGAGGCUCCAGCAGGCGCAGCAGCUCCCCAGAAGCAACCGACAAGAAAGCAGCAGCAGCAGCAGCAGCAGCAGCAGCAGCAGGGAAGAAGAGCAGCACGAAGACUGAGAGCAGCGGAGGACGCGAGCAGCAAGGGCAGCAGCAAGCAAGCAGCGGAAGAGCCGGAGAAGGGCGGCAAGAGACACAAGGCCCCCAAAGACGCUCCUGCUGCUGCUGCUGCUGCUGCUGCUGCUGCUGGGAGCAGCAGCAAGCAAGCAGCAGAGGGGCAGGAGAAGCAGCAAACAGCAAAAGAAGAAAAAGGAAGAAGCAAAAAGGAAAAGAGCAGCAAAGCAAACGGCAAGGAGGCUUCUAAGGGCGAAGACGCAGCAGCAAAGCAGCAGCAGCAGCAGCAGCAGCAGCAGCAGCAGCAGCAGCAGCAGGAGCCCAAUAGCCGAGCGAAGCGCAGCAGGAAGGGACAGGAGCAGCCAUUGGAGAAGGGCAGCAGCAAAGAAAGAGACGCAGCAGCAGAUGCAAAAGAAGACAAAAAGAAAAGAAAAAUAGAGACAAAAGACAAGAAGCAAAAAGAAGCAGCAGCAACAAAAGAAGCAGCAAAAGACACAAAAGAACCAGCAGCAAAACGCAAACGCGCGCGUUAA